AUAGAAUUCAUAGAUUGAAAUAACGAACGGGAAAAAUAAGUGUGCUGAUCAUAGUUUGCUCAAAACCGAGCCUCUCGUAUAAUCGAGAUGCUCCUGAAGCAAUCUAGACCGUUGUGCAACACUAGCAGAGACGAUAACAAUCGAUAGGCAGCCUCAAUAUUUGAACAGCUGUUGCAGAGUAUCGCGGCCAGAUUUUCCACUAUUCAGCGGCGGCCGCACAAAAUUGCAUUGUGUUAUAAUAAAAUGAGUGUUAAUUAUGAAAAAAAUGUGAUGGACGAAGAAUUUGCGCCAGUCAAAUUAUCAGACGAUGAGGAAAGCGAAGGUAAUGCCAACACAGAACCAAAUGCGGCAACGGCAGCUACAAAACAGCCAGCGACUACACAAAACAGCUCGGACAACGACGAUGCAGAGGCAACAGCUGCCGAUGAUGGCGAUGGAGGGAGGCAUUCAAUCGGUGGCGCCGCCAACACACAUGUUGUUGCGCAUCACUACAACGAGCUGAAGGAGGCCGGACGCAAGGAGCGCCACAAGUCGAAAAUCUAUUUUAUGCGCAACUUUAACAACUGGAUCAAGAGCCAGUUGAUCAACGAGUUUAUGGCAUUAAUUAAGCAACAGCAGCGCGUUGGCGAUGCACUGCGCGUCCUGGACAUGUGCUGCGGCAAAGGCGGGGAUCUGCUCAAAUGGGAUAAAGCCCAAAUAUCGCAUUUAAUAUGCACAGACAUCGCCGAGGUAUCGGUGGAGCAAUGCCAGCGUCGCUAUCAGGACAUAUUGCAGCGUGCGGAGAGAUCAAAGUAUGCGCACAAGUUCACAGCCGAAUUUUUUGCCUGCGACUCGACAAUGGUUCGUCUGCGUGAACGCUAUAAGGAUGCGUCUUUGCAAUUGAAUCUGGUCUCGUGCCAGUUUGCCUUUCACUAUUGCUUCGAGUCGCUCAUGCAGGCCGACUGCAUGAUGCGCAACGCAGCCGAGUGCCUGCAGCCGGGUGGCUAUUUUAUAGCUACCAUACCGGAUGCCUAUGAGAUUAUUAGGAGAUUAAAAGCGGCCGGACCGAAUGCACGUCGAUUUGGCAACGAUGUCUAUAGCAUUGAAUUUGAAUGCGAUACGGAGUCGUUGCCGCUUUUCGGUGCCAAAUAUCAGUUCCAUAUGGAGGGCGUUGUCGAUUGUCCCGAGUUCUUGGUACAUUUUCCAACUCUGGUCAAACUGGGUCGCCGGCAUGGACUGCAGCUGGUCAGGCGCAGCACAUUUGCCGACUAUUUUAGGGAAACGAUGUCCCAGGGCCGCCAGCUGCUGCAGCGCAUGUCUGGCUUGGAAUCGGUCCAACCCCAUCGCUGUGGCAGCGAUGACCAAUUCGAGCAUGUGCGCCGAGUCCUUGGCACACAGCGCUCUCGACCCGUGGGCACGCUCUCCAAAUCCGAAUGGGAAGCAACAACACUUUAUCUGGUUUGUGCCUUCAAGAAAUGCAAAAACAGCUGGGAUGCCAACGGCAAGCCUCUGUUCGAGUUUGACGACUGAUGAUUCCCAUAAGACGCGCGUAUAUCUAUACUUAUAUAUAUACAUAUAUAUAUAUAUAUAUAUACUAAUCGCAUCAUAUGUUUCGUUCAAAUACCGGGUUUUUUUUUGUAAUGGUUUGAAUUUAGAACAUACUCAGCAUAAUCGGAGCAUCUAUUUUAAGUUGAAGAGUGUAUUUGGAAGCUUUUAACGUUAAUAUUAAAAAGUUGCAGUUAAACAACGAAAACAUUACAAAAGUAUUAAAAUGAUUAGCAAAAGUUCGAAUGUACAAGAGAGUAUCGAAAUUUUCGGUACUUCCACGUUAAAAAUAUUAAAUAACAUUUAAGGAACAUCAUAAUAAUAUCGGAAUUGCUGAGUUUAAUUAAAAUAUUUGGAAAAUUAAAAUAGUUAUUUACACAAGAACUUUUUUUUCGGCUAUAGAUUAUACGAUAUAGUAAUUCGAUCCGGCUGACUACGAAACAUCGCAACUUUAAAUCAGAAACUAGUUGACAAAGAAACAGAUUGAAAAAUAUGUAGAAUUUAUAUAUCCAUUCAUAUCUGGUGAAAUCGUUAUAUAGUAGGGUUUAUAAAAAAAAAAAAUGUUGACUUGUUAAGGGCCAGAUCCCGCUCUUUCCCAUAAUUUUAUCAACAGUGGCCUGAUUAUCGUGCGGAAUAGCAAUUUGCAAUUUGAUUUGAUCUCUAGAAUUGAUUCUACAUCUAAUAUUUGUCAGAUUUGAAAGAGAUUUUAUACCAACUUCUUAUUUUGGGACAAUAAUAAAAUGAUAUUUGAAAUCGUA